UAUUUCAUUGUCUUCGUGCAUAUGAUAUAAUAUAAUAUCUAUGUACUUUUCAAGGUUCUCUCAAUUUUUCAGGUUCCAAAAGUCAAUAUACAAUUUCUGAUCUCUGCGUUCCAAUCUAAUUGAUCAAUAUGCCUUCAAACGAUGGUGUAGUUAUCGUGGUCAUGGGUGUCAGCGGUGCUGGAAAAACCACAAUAGGUCGGAAACUGGAAAAAGAGUCGAAAUAUAAGUAUCUUGAUGCUGAUGAUUUUCACUCAGAAUCAAACAAAGAAAAGAUGCGUAUGGGAAUCCCACUUACAGAUGAAGAUCGGAUGCCAUGGUUUGAAUCACUACGCGAUGCCAUAAAAGAAUACUUAAAUAACAAAAAGGGUCUGAUUCUUGGCUGUUCUGCUUUGAAGAAGGAAUAUAGAGAAAUUCUUAGAUCAGGUGACCUUAGUUAUAAAUGGGGGACUUAUGCAAGUGCUGUCAACUUCAUUCUGUUGGAUGCUCCUGCUGAAGUGCUGAGUGUUCGAGUAAAUAAGAGAGCUGCAGAAGGAAAACAUUAUAUGCCUGCAUCUCUUCUGCAAUCACAGUUAGAUUUGCUUGAGAUUGAUGAGUCUGAGGGAGUACUUAGAGUUGAUGCUACUUUGAGACCCCAAGCCAUUGUAAACACCAUUCUAAACAUGAACCAGUUUCAGGGAUGUUUCAAUGUUGAUUUUGUGGAGCCUCAUUGAUAAAUUGGGAUCAUUAUUUCAGGUUUCAAAUAUAGUUUGUACAAAUAAAUGGAAGAAUGGGAUUAUGCAUGAAAGAAAGGUUGAAGGGAAUGGUUCAGAGUAUGAUAACCAAUAGUAAAAAAGGAGCAAGCUGUAAAUAUGAAUUUUUAACAUUCCCUAGAUUGAUUCAUGCCAUUCUAUUUCUUUUUCACCAUAUGAUGUAUAUAUAGAAAAUUGCAUGUCUCAAUAGACCAUUGUUUUGUAACUGAAUUUUUUCUUAUUAUCAUUUAAUUAAACUUUAAUGAUGUGGCGAUUGAACA